AUGGCUUUCAAGCUGUGGUCCAUGCUCCCGCUCGUCGCGCUCGCCACCGUGGCGACCGCGGCCCCGAGUCGCCAGACGGUGUGCUCGGACGGCACCGUCGUCCCCGACUCGGUGUGCUGCGAGUUCGUGCCCCUUGCACAGGCACUUCAGAAAGAGGUGCUCAUGGGCGAUUGCGGCGAAGACGCUCACGAGCUCCUCCGUCUCACUUUCCACGAUGCCAUCGCCAUCUCGCGCAGCAAGGGCCCCUCGGCCGGUGGAGGAGCUGACGGCUCCAUGCUCAUCUUCCCGACCGUCGAGCCCGCCUUCUUCGCCAACCUUGGUAUCGCCGACUCGGUGAACAACCUCAUCCCCUUCCUCUCGCAGUUCCCCAAGAUCUCCGCCGGCGAUCUCGUCCAGUUCGCAGGUGCCGUCGCCGUCGGAAACUGCCCCGGUGCCCCCCAGCUCGAGUUCCGUGCUGGCCGUCCCAACGCGACCGCGCCCGCCAUCGAAGGUCUGAUUCCCGAGCCCCAGAACAACAUCACUGAGAUUCUGGAGCGGUUCGACGAUGCUGGAGGCUUCUCGCCCUUCGAGGUCGUCUCCCUCCUCGCUUCGCACACCGUUGCCCGUGCCGAUCACGUCGACCCGACGCUCGACGCCGCGCCCUUCGACAGCACCCCCUUCACGUUCGACACCCAGAUCUUCCUCGAGGUGCUCCUCAAGGGCGUCGGCUUCCCUGGCACGGGCAACAACACCGGCGAGGUGUCCUCCCCGCUCCCGGUCAGCAGCGGCACGGACGUCGGCGAGCUCCGGCUCCAGUCCGACUUCGGGCUCGCGCACGACGAGCGCACGGCGUGCUUCUGGCAGGGCUUCGUGAACGAGCAGGAGUUCAUGGCGCAGUCGUUCAAGGCCGCGAUGGCGAAGCUCGCUGUGCUCGGCCACAACGCGGACGACCUCGUCGACUGCUCCGCCGUCGUGCCCAAGCCGAAGCCCGCGACGGGCAAGCCCGCGUCGUUCCCCGCGACCAAGGGCCCGAAGGACCUCGAGCUCUCGUGCAAGUCCAAGAAGUUCCCCACGCUGACCACCGACCACGGUGCGCAGGAGACCCUCAUCCCGCACUGCUCGAACGGCAGCAUGAACUGCACGACCGUCCAGUUCGACGGCCCCGCGACCAACUUCGACGGCGACGACUCGUAG